GACCUUGGAUCAGCAAGCGUGCACGACUUUCACUGUUCUUCACCAUUGCACUCUGUGUCUGAUCGUGAUUACUCUUUGAGGUGUCGGUCUCGCGACACCAGCCCUUCCAAAAGCCGCACUCUAGGCACAUCUUAAUUCGCGUCUCGUCCGUCAUCUCCUUCAAGAUCGCCUUCGCAAAGAUGGCUACCGCAGUAGCCUCGACCUCUGCCACGGCACCCUUGCCGCGCACCACGCACGUCGAUAAGAUCCUCGAGCGGAGCGGUCCCUACACGGACGAGCAAUUUCAGGCCGGAGAUAUCGUCAAGGACUUCUUGCGCAACCACUGCAAGGUUCUCGUCAUCGGUGCUGGUGGUCUGGGAUGCGAAAUACUUCACAAUCUUGCCUUGACUGGCUUUAGGGACAUUCACGUCAUCGACAUGGACACUAUAGACGUGUCCAACCUGAACAGACAAUUCUUGUUCAGAGAGAAAGACGUUGGCCGGUCCAAAGCACAGACGGCGGCACAAUUCGUGGAACGCCGAGUGCCGGGCGUCAAGGUGACGCCUUUCCAUGGCAAGAUCCAGGACAAAGACGAGGCUUUCUACCUCCAAUUCAACAUCAUCAUCUGCGGCUUGGACUCGGUGGAGGCUCGUCGAUGGAUAAAUGCAACGCUGGUAGCAAUGGUGGACGAAGAAAACCCGGAGUCGCUCAAGCCGCUUAUAGAUGGAGGCACAGAAGGGUUCAAAGGUCAAGCACGUGUCAUCUUGCCCACAAUUACAAGCUGCUACGAAUGCAGUCUAGAUAUGCUGGCGCGGCAAACAGUGUUCCCCAUCUGCACCAUCGCCAACACUCCUCGUUUGCCAGAGCACUGCAUCGAAUGGGCCAGCGUACUGGAAUGGCCCAGAGUCUUUGGCGAUAAGAAGCUCGACAACGACGACCCAGACCAUAUCCAGUGGCUCCUCGAUACGGCGCAGACCCGAGCAAAAGCACACAACAUCGAAGGCGUCACGUGGAGCUUGACUCAAGGCGUGGUCAAAAAUAUCAUUCCGGCGAUCGCAAGCACAAACGCUAUCAUCGCAGCCGCAUGCACGCAAGAAGCUUUCAAGUUCGCGACGACCGCUGCGCCUUACUUGAACAAUUACAUGAUGUAUACCGGUAACGAGAGUGUCUAUACCUACACGUUCGAGCACGAGAAACGACCCGAUUGUCCGGUGUGCGGGGGCGAGUCUAGAGAUGUAGACGUGCAGCCGGAUUGGCCCUUGGAGCGGAUACUAGAAUACUUGCUGGAGACACAAGACUUGCAACUAAAGAAACCAUCCUUAUCGGGACCAAAAGGCCCUCUCUACUUCCAAGCGCCUCCACAGCUCGAAGAGGCCACACGACCGAACCUUCAAAAGCCUUUGGGAGAGCUGCUGUCGCACGAUGAUGAGCUCAUCGUCACGGAUGCAAACUUGCCCUUUCAGCUCUCUCUUCGACUAAGAUUUCCAGGCGCUGUCGAUGCGUCUGACCUCGCUGCUGUGCCAGCUGCUCGAUAGGAUUCAUGCGCAGAUGACCUGUGAUUUUGGACUUCAAGCUGGCAAACGCCCCGCCGCUCCGCACGAUAUUCAAUUCUAGACGGCGCGUCGAGCAAUCAUGAGGCCGAUGAGACGUCUGAUACAGCAGAGCCUCCAACAUCGCAAUGCGAGGGAUCUUUGAUGAUCGCAAAUACAAGGAUAUGAAGCAUUGCAAAUCAUGUCGUGAGGAGA